GCGGGGGCUGCCAGCAGGACGGGCGGCGGCGGCGGCGGCGGCGGCAAUGGGGGAAGGCGGCGGCCGGCGGGCGGCAGAGCCGGAGCGCUUGGCGCUGGAGCUGGGGCGGGAGAGGCGGAAGCAGAGUCAGUAAAGAUCUGCCAUAUUAUAGAGCUGAUGCUCUAGAGCUGAUGACUUGCCCUGAGCUUCUCCUGAUUUUUCUUCUGAGUUUCUCUCUUCACUAUAGAAAAUCGCUUCAGGCAGCCUUUUGUCUGAUACAUGUUCCAGAUAUCCAGCUCUGGGGAGCAAAAUGUGCAGGAAAAUGGUUUUCAUCAUAAGUGGCUUCCAUUGUCAAGUAAAAUAACAUCUGUAGACAGGCUUAAAAAGGAAUUUAGCUUUUUUUUUUUCUCUUUUAUAGUUUCAAUCAGAGCCUUCUUAUCUGAACUGCACAUUUUUUUUCUCAUUUUCUUCACAAGAGCUUUUUUGUUAUGCUUAGUGUAUAAGGAUGUGGUUAGGUUCUCAUGAUGACUUAAAUGUGAGGUUUCAGGAUUUACAGGCUUUCUUCUGUGAUGACUGUAAAUUGUCCAUUGACAUGGAAAAAAUUUAUAGGCCUUGAAUUGUCUAAUUAUAUUUAACAUAUCUGAGGUUGCAGGUAAAAAGUGCAGUGCAGUCCCCCUAAGCACAGACCACGUCUCUGGGCAGGUAGGCAGCUAUACAUAGCUAUAUUAAAUUCAUACUAACAGAUACAUAGCAUGACCUUCACUUCCUAUCACAAUUAGAAAUAACUCCAGAAAUGCAAAAUACUCCAAUACAUUAAAUCCCAGAAAUACUUACCAAGCCACUCAAAGUGAUUUACUUCUACAUCUCUUCUCUGUCAGGGCAGGGAUUGCAUUUUACUGAAUAUACACUGCCAGAAAUAGAGUGGUUUCACCCUAGAUGCAUUCUAGGUGCUAUUGGAGUAUUAAAUGUUUAAUAACAAUUAUAUUUUUUUAAAAAAACUGGUUUCUAUUGCCACAUGGAAAUAAGACUUCCUGUCAAUGUGGCAAUUACAGUGUGACACCUGACAAUUUACCAUUUCUUUACAUAUAUUCAUCAGAACAAAAUAUAAUUGUAAUUUGGCUUCCAGUUUUGUUAAUGGUGCAGAAAGAAUAAUAAAAUCUUAAUAAAGAAAUUUUAAUGUAGUCUUGGGAUGGUAACAGAAAUUGCAAACUGGAAACACUGGAUUUAAAGAACUCAUUCUUCCUGUGUUUUCCCUCUGCAUCUGAAAACUUAGUUAAGAUUUCUUUGAAAACAAAACAAAUUUCAUUUUCAUACAGCUCAGCUCUGGUUACAGCUUUGACUAUUUCUAAUUUUCAGUGUUAUUUCCUUUUAAAAAAUCCCACUUUAGCACACACUGCCAUCUUAAUUUCCUCUUUUCCAAGCUCUGAGAAGCUGAUAGAAAUCUGCUUUACAGAAACCUUAUCUAUUUGUGUUGAAAUGAUACCAGCAAUGUGGUAAGAUUUUGUCUUUCUUCUUCCUAGCCAUCUGCCUCUUUUAUUUGGAGUGGGAGAAAACAGGCAGCAGCAAUCAGAUUUCCUUUGGUUUUCCUACAUCUAAAGCUUUUUGAGUCAUGUUUCAAGAAUAUCUUUGGCUGGGUUUCACCUUGUCCUUUUUGUCUCUAGCAAGUUAACUGCAUUCUCUUUUUUUUUUUUUUGCCAGUGUGCUCCCUGUCUAAUUUAAUGUUGGUGAUGACAAAAAGAACGAUGGAGCAAGGAUGGCUUGGAAGCCCCACCUCUCCCUUGCCAUUCAAGAUACAUGUCCUACUGUUCUCCAAUGUGUCUCUUUCACUGAAAACAAACUUUGCUUACAUUAAAUUACUCUUCUUUGUAUUUCUUUGCAAUUUCAGCUCUUCAGCCCUCCUUAUUCUAAGCUUACUUAUUCAACUCCCUAUGAGCAGUUGAUUUGCUUCUGCAGCUUGCAGUUGAAAUCUGUUGUUUCAAGCUAUGGAAAAGAAGUGUCACCAACUGAACGUGAGCACAAGGAGUGCAAGAGGUGAUGCAACGUCUCAGUAAUCAAUCUCUGUCGUCAGAGCUUUGAUUUCUCAGAGGCAGAUGCUUGAAAGCUCAAUAUUUGAACUGAGACACACUGUAACAGAGCUGGAAAAAAGUCUCAAUAGUAUUGAAAAUGAAGAUAAUGAAUGGAAAACCAGAUAUGAGACACAAGUAGAAUUGAACAAACAGCUGGAAAGACAAAUUAAUAGUCUUCGAGAUAAGGUGGAGCUUACUCGGGGAAAUCCAGCAGAUAAACUGGCCAUUGUUCGUACCUUUGAUAAAAUGCCUGUGGGCUCCUUAAAGAGGAUUCUUAAACAGCUAGAAGAAGAGAAGAAAAGUCUCCAGAAUCAACUAAAGGACUAUGAACUUAGACUGGAACAAGAAGCAAAGGCUUACCACAAAGUUAAUGAUGAGCGGCGCAUGUACCUCUCAGAGAUUUUACAGACCUCAGCCAAACUUAAAAUUGUUGAAAAGCAAAAAACAGAUGCUCUGACUGGCAAGGGAGAAAAACAGAUACUGAGAGGAAGACACAGUGUUCCAGGAAACCUGAAGAUGGUUAAUCCUCAAAAACGAUCAAUUAAAAAUACUGUAGGACUGAACCAGCUUCCACAGCUAAAGCACUGAUUUAAUAUUAAUGCCAAGAACUUCCAGUCACUUUUUAAAAAAUUUAAUUUGACUGAAAGUUUCUAAAUUGAAAAGGAAAGUAUUUGUGUCUUAUUUCAAUGCCAGACCCAGAUUGGAAUGCCUUCUUGGCUGCCUUAGUGUAAAUGUUCCUCUGCCUAAUGGAAUUGCUCUUCUAGUUGCCAUCUUUGUACUGAUGAUCUCUCAACCUUUCCAUUCUGCUUCACAUCAGUGAUUCUGAGCGUGAGGGUGUUGAAAGACUUGGAGAAUAUUAAAUGUCUUUAUACACUGUGUAGAUCCAUGAACUAUGCAGCCACGGAAAAGAAACAAGCCUCUAGCAUUUUUGACCUCUAAACCAAGAAGAAAAAGGCAGACUGAUGUAAUCUGAAGUAUUGUCUAAAUAUAACAUUUUUAAAAGCUGGCUUGCCACGGAUACGGUGUUGACUACUGCAUGGUUUAGAAGCACAGCACCAUUUGCAACUGGAUAGAAAUGACAGAAAAAUUGAGCAUUUUUAUUAAGGAAUCUUCAGAGCCUAUCUUGAGGAAUAGUUGUUUCUUUUAAACACUAUAUAUGUACUAUAAAGAAACACAUAUCCUGAUAUUGGUAUGUUGCUCUUUGAAAUUUGAACUCCCAGAUGAACCCUUGUCUCUACAGUCUUGGGGUCAUAAAAAUCCGUCUUCUUCAGUAGCAUUGAUCCUUCGACUUUCAGGGUCCAAAAUAGUGCCAGUCCUAAAAGUCAUCUCUUCAGUAAAAGUAGAACUACUUUGUGUUUUCAUUUUUAAGCAUGCAAUUAUUGUUGCAGUUUUAUUACCUACAUUUAAGUCAUUAAAUUUGGCAAAUUUUUUUUAAGCGGCAAUGGGAAGAAUGUUUUGGUAAUGAAUCUUCAAUCCUCUGGGUUACAUCUUAAAGGCUCUUGGCAGAGCAAAUGGGGUUGCUUGACUGCCCUUUAUUAUUUUAAGAGCAUCCCUAAAUCUUUGCAAUAAAGUAUUUUGCCUCUUUAAGAGCAGAACUAAUAGUUCCUUAUUACUGGCAGCAUUAGAGUGACAUUGUAGUUAAACUCAGUAAAAAAAAAAUGGUAUCAUUCUAAAAUGCAGAGAGCGAAGACCUGCAGCAUGGUGCAGCACACACCAUUUUUUUUCUCUCACAUAGUAUGAAAUUCAUAACAGAUAUUUGUCAUAUUAGCAUGAUGCACAUGGUAUCAUUCUUUCAUAAGCAGUGUGGUCUGCCUGGCCAGUUUUUUCCUCAGAGCAUAGCACAGCUGGUUAGGUUAGCACUCUUCUGUUUGUGUUUUUCACAUGAAAAAUUUCCAAAUCUUUGUUCUGCUAGCGUUUGUCAUUGUGGUGAAGGAGAGGGGAAAAAUCAUAAUGGUUCUAUUGGCGUAAAAGACAAGGGACAUCUGCAGUAGUAAAGAAGAUCCAGUUCUUGGAUUCAUGCAGCAAACAUUUCCUACUGCUGUCUCUUAAUCAAAUCUUAGUGCACUCAAGUCUGGUCCAUGUAGCACCUCAGAAUAACUGGAAACACUGCACAAAUAUGACAAGAACAUUUUGUCACAACAGGAGACUUGGAUGCUUCCCUUAAGGAUAGUCCUCACUGAGGAUUUAAAAAGAGAGUUUUUUGAAGCCUUAAAAGAGACAUUUAUUGGUACAAGAAUGACCUGGGAGAAGAGCAGACUAUGUCCUAUUUAGUCCCUGUUUCACCUUGCCAGGAACAAAUUGAUUUGAUUCAGGAUUCAAAAUGCAGUAGUAUGAUAAUUAAUUGCUCAAACUUGUGGUGUUUGACCAUUCUAAUUGUAUGUCUAGCUGUAAUCUCUGUUGUGCAAAAUGGUUAUAUUUCUGUAUUCAUUCUGUACUCUUUGAAUUGGCAUUUCAUUUUCUUCCUGAAUUUCUGAAAAUAAGGACAAAUCUGAUAAUUAAAUAUGACAACUCCAAUUUAUUUGCAACGGUGAAAAGAGAGUUUUUGGUUUCAAAAGUGUAGUGUCUCUUUGGAUCUAAAUAAAACUUUUACACUUCUAUCUUUCCCAAAACAUGUAGGAAUUUAUUGUUUGAUUUGGUGGGUUUGGGUGAAUGAGUGUUUUGAAAUUCCUGGAUUUAUCUUGUGUGGGCUUUUCUUACUGUUUUGUUGUCCUGUGAGAUGCAGUUUGUCGACAUUUGCAGCAAUGAACAGUUAGAUGGCUUUCUGUAAUAUCUUCUGUAUGAAUACUUCAGCACAUUUAGGAUUAAUUAAUCCUUCCAAGCAUAGUAUGCAGUAUUAUUUUAGGCCUAGAAGACAGAAACAAGAGUUAGGUUUAUUUAAAGUAGAUAUGGGAGUGUAGUGAUGUCUGGUUUUCCCCUGAUUUCACAAUAGGGUGAUCUUUUGUAAUACUGCCAACAAUUUCAAUAUUAAGUCUGUCUCCUCUUAAAUCAUCACUACAUGGCACUGAAGGAAUCUGAAACCAAAAAUGGGAAGCUAAAUUGCUGACAGUUGUGGUCAGUGAUUGAAGGAGCUAAACAUCAGAGGAAGACAGGAUCAGAGGUGAAGGUUUGAGUCUGGCCAAACUUUUUCCUUCAGUGUAGAAUUUAAUUGGGAUUCCAGAUAUACUGAUUGUAGUGUGUAAGUGGCUUUAAUUGAUGGACUGGGAAAUUUGAUAUCCUAACUUAGCACUUGAGAGUAUGCCUGCCUUACAUGGUUACUCAUGUAAUUCCACUAAUUUCAGAUGAGUCAUAAUUUCGAGGUAACUAAGGCAUUUUAAGUAUUUACCCAUAGUGUUUCUGAAAGAUAUAAAAUUUAAAAUCUCAAAUGUGGUAAGCACACAUUUCUUAUUUAAAACAAAAAACAAAAAACACCUUUCUUUUUUUCUUUUAAAGUCUCAUGAUUAAAGACGGUAUUGAGUCAUAAUAUUUGUUUUGGAUUAAUCAGUUUAGCACCAGUGUACUCUUAUGGAGUAAUGGAAUAAAAUUAAAAUGGGUAUUGGACAGGCAUUGACUGUGUGGUUGAUUAUUAUGUAAUUAGGCAGCAUAACCACAGGCUGCAGAAAACUGGGGUGAUGAGCUUCUUCAUGUUCAGGAUAUCAUUAAUGAUAAGCAAGAUACUUUGUCACCUAAAUACUUUGUUUAAUGGGUUUUUCUGUAUUUAAACUGAUUAGGUGGUACAGCUGACAGUUUCCCUGAUUCCUGUGAUAUUCUAUCUCCACUGGUAAAGAUGAAGUGUAUAGUUUAGCCUUAAUACAUUUCCAGUAGAGGAGGAUGCUGUGCAGGCCUUUUUACAAAUGUGAUGCAGACACAGUAGCAAGCAAAUAAAUAAAUUAAUAAAUAAGCAAGCAAACCU